AUGAUUCGGUUGGGAAUUCUGGCGCUUCUCGUGUCAGUAGUUACUUUGAACGGCUACGGGGCAGAACUAGUCGCCAGGGAUUGGUGGCAAAAGGCUGGCUUCUAUCAGAUUUAUCCCCGUUCGUUUAAGGAUAGCGAUGGUGACGGGAUAGGUGAUUUGAACGGCAUAACUUCGAAGUUGUCCUACCUGAAGGACAUUGGAAUCAGAGCGUUCUGGAUGUCGCCCAUCAAUCAGUCUCCCAUGGUAGACUUUGGGUAUGAUAUCUCCGAUUACCGUGCGAUCCAGCCGGAGUAUGGAACUAUGGCAGAUUUCGAAAACCUGAUUGCGGAAGCGAAACGAUUGGGACUGAAAGUGAUCAUGGAUUUUGUUCCAAAUCAUACGAGUGAUCAGCACGAGUGGUUCAUUAAGUCGGAACAGCGUGUGAGUGGUUAUGAAGACUAUUACGUUUGGGAUGAUGGAUUGCCAAAUCCGGCGGGUGGUCGAAACUUACCGCCUUCGAAUUGGCUGCAAGCAUUUCGUCGCACCGCUUGGCAAUGGAGCGAAAUACGGCAACAAUAUUAUUUACAUCAGUUUACCGUUGAACAACCGGAUUUGAAUUACCGAAAUCCGAAGGUGGUGCAAGAGAUGAAGGAUGUUAUACGCUUCUGGUUAGAUAAGGGAGUUGAUGGGUUUAGAGUUGACGCCGUACCUUUUUUGUACGAAGUUACAAAAAAUAGCGAUGGGAUUUAUCCGAAUGAGCCUCCCAGCGGGCUAACGCAGGAUCCGGAUGAUUUUGCUUACCUUGAUCAUAUCUAUACACAGAACCUGCCGGAAACGUUAGAUAUGGUUUAUCAAUGGCGUGAACUUGUCGAUCAAUACCAGCAAGAUAAUGGUGGCGACACGCGUGUGCUUAUGACGGAAGGGUUUACAAGUUUGGAAAUCUUGAAAGAAUAUUAUGUUAGUCCUGAAGGCCGAUUGGGACCUCAUAUGCCGUUCAACUUCGGUUUCAUCACGGUUUUAGAUAAGGAUUCAACUGCAGAUGACUUCAUUGACACCAUCAAAUCGUGGAUGGACAUAGUUCCAAAAGAUGGUGUAGCUAACUGGGUGAUCGGUAAUCACGAUCGACCACGAGUAGGCACUCGUUUCGGAGUCGAGAGAAUAGAUGCUAUAAAUAUGAUUCUCCUGAGCCUACCAGGGGCAACGGUAACCUACCAGGGGGAGGAGAUUGGCAUGACGGAUGUAUACAUUUCCUGGGAAGAUACUGUAGAUCCUGCAGCUUGUAAUGCAGGAGAAGAUUUAUUCGAAAAAACGUCACGUGAUCCUUGUCGAACACCGUUUCAAUGGGACGGCUCAGCAAUGGCAGGGUUUACCAACGGUAGCAAAACCUGGCUUCCAAUUUCACCAAGCUACGAAACUGUUAACGUGAAGGUCGAGGAAGAUUCGCUUCGAAGUCAUCUCAAAGUGUAUAAGGCAAUGAUGAAACUUCGAGCGGGUAAAACUUUUUUACAUGGAGUGCUGAGGCUACGUGCAGUUAAUAACGUUUUGAUUAUUGUCCGUGAGUUGGAAGGAUACAAUACCUAUUUAACUUUUGCCAAUUUGGGCAAUAAUAUUGAAGUCAUAGACGCUUCCGGAUUAGGAAAGACGCUUCCUGCUAAGUUAAGAUACGAAGUUUUAGGACUGUCCUCGCAUAACGUUAAAGGUGGAGCUGUGGCUACAAAUGACAUUCUGAUUUUGCCGAACGAAUCAUUCGUACUGAAUGCACGCAUCUCCCCAGCGGAUCAUCUCAAGGAAUCUAUCUGUGAGGCUUGGUUAGAAUAG